UAAUGAAAUCGAUUAUAGCCGACCUCGGACACAAAUAAUCGACUUUCGACAAUACUCGAUCAUCGUUUCAUCUCUACCUGUGAGACUUUAUUUGUUGACAUUUAUUGAUGAACGAGUCCUACCGGAAGUUAUUGCGGCUAAUUGAAGGCAAGACGGAGACCAACAACAAGUAAUAUAUUACACAAAAUAAUGUUUAAAAAGCCGUUUAGAGUGAAGUCUCAGACUUCGAUGAAAGGUUCAGACAGGAAAAAGCUCAGAGUGGAUAUCCAAAAGGUCUUCACUGGUUUAAGCCCGGAAGAGGUUUCAGAGAUAAUUCCGAAUAAGGAAGAUGUCACUGUUACAAAGAUCUACACCAAUUCCGGAGACAAUGCUUUCAUCUACAGUGUGAAUAAACAACCAUAUUUCUUUGAAAUUGAUAAACAGAAAGUUCUGUUUCCAACAGUGUACUUGCUGUGGAGAUUUCCUGACUUGGCAGAGAGGUUUACAACAUGGCCUCCUGUCUUUAAAAGAAUGGUCGAUGGGGCGGACCUGAUGCUGCCAGGUAUUGUAUUGAGGCAGCAAGUCACGCCAUCCACAUUCAGACAUGUUCAGAAAGGACAAGUUUGCUCCGUCAAUAUCGUUGGAAACAGGUGUCCAGUGGUAGUCGGACAGACACUGAUGUCUGGCAGUGAUUUCUUCGACUCUGGUAUGAAAGGGAAAGGCAUACAUCCAGUGCAUAUGCUUGGGGAUGAACUCUGGAGUUUUGGUGACAAGUCUUCUCCUCCCAGUAUUGAAGAUGACCCUCUACCAUCAGAAUAUAUGGAGGAAGAUGGCCAGCAGUCAGGAGAUCUGAGAGAAAAUGGUGCUAUACCAACAAGUACAGACUGGUUUGAAGCAACAUCUGAUGGAAACAAGCAAGAAAUGGAUGAAAAUAGUGCAAUAAAUAAGGACAACGCAAGCGGAGAUAUGGAAUCAGGGGAUGGAGUAGGAGAUAACACAAAACAUAAAGAUGAUAAUGUGAAAGCUACAUCUGAGAAUGACAAUUACAUGAAAGACUUAACAGGCCCUGGAACUGUGACCCAGGAUGGGGCUGACAAUGGGGAAGGGGCAAGUGCUCCUGGGGAUGGGGCAGAGGAUGGAGGUGUGGAAUUGGAGAAUCUCCAAAUACAGGAGGAAAGUACACAGCUUACACCUGGUGAGAUGGAUGACCUUCUACAGUUCUGUUUCCUGUGCGCCCUUAAGGCUUCAUUAAAGAAGUCAGAUCUGCCCAUCCCCACUGGAACCUUUUACAAAGCUCACAUGCUCAAAUACAGUCCAAAGGCCACACAGAUGGAUGUCAAGAAGUCUUCAUUUAAGAAGUUAUCUAAGUUCCUGCAGACCCAAGCGAAAUGUGGAAUCAUCAAGGUGAAGGAGCUGACUAAAGGUGUUGAAAAUAUCAUGGAAGUGGAUCGCUCACAUGAAAUGUUUCGUGGCCUUGAAGUGCCAGAGAUAGUUGAAGAGCCAACAGAAUCCACACAGGAUGGUUUUACCCCACCCACCAUCACAGAAAUGUUUGCUGUCACCUCGAAUGUGUUGCCUCUGUUUAAACCAAUGGGAUACAGCAAAAGCAGCCCUUUGACAAGCAGUGAUGCAAGAAAAGUGAUAACUGAGUAUGUUAAACAGCUGGACAACCAGGGUGGAAAUGACAAAAGUGCCGUAUUGCUGGACCCUAUUCUAGCCUCAAUAUGCUUGACGUCUGCUGAGGGAGACAAGUCCACACUGCAAUGGGAGGAACUCUUUACCAGGAUACUCAACAAGAUGUCGCCCGUAUUCCAGCUCUCUUUUCCAGACCGACCUCCCAUCUUAAAGAAAGGAAGCAUCGAUCCCAUAAAAAUAGAUGUGGUACAGAGGGCCUCUAGUAAAAGGGUUACGAUCAUUGAGAACCUUGAUGUAUACGGCAUCGAUGCAGGGGAAUUUGGUCACCGUGUUCAGGUGAAGGUCGCCUGUAGCGCCUCUGUGACUCCUUCACAACAGAAGGGCAAGGGGCCACAAGUGAUUGUCCAGGGCAACCAGAUAAACUGUGUGGCAGAUUUGCUUACAAAUUUAUACAAGCUACCAAAGAAGUAUAUAAGAGGUGCAGAAAAGGCUCCAAAACAGAGAAGAAAAUGAUGAAACCUCCUUUAGUUGUUAUCAAAUUGUUGACUAAAUGAAUUAAUUGUAAUUGAAAUUAAAUUAUGUAAGUUGCGAUUUAUUUCCUUGUUGUUGUUUUUUGUUGAAAAGUGUAGUUAAUGAAAAACGAAAAAAAAUGACAUAAAAACCCGUGACUUGUAAAUUUUAAGGCUUUAUAUGUGCAGCACUGUUAUUUUGUCUCCUAUUUCUUUAUUUCACGUGAGAACUGUCUUGCACUUAGCCUCUUGCUUUUCUACAUUGUAUUUUUCCAUGAAAAUAUUUUCAUAAUCUUGGUGUUUUCAUACACAAACUAUAUGUUGGUUAUAUGUCAAUCAGUAUACAGUAUGCAGGAAACUUG